GCCGGGCGAGCCCGGGGAUUGGGAGCGGCCUCCAGGCCUCUCCCUCGGCCCGGCCCCCAACGCGGGCGGGGGAACCUUUCCCCCCACAGCCGGGCCGCCACCGAACCGGAGCUUUGGGGGGUCGGGGGGCCGGGGGGGGGUCGGUCGGGGCCCCCCGAGGCCGCCGGGGCCGGGGAUGGUGGCGGGGGCGGCCGGAGCGGGGCGGCGGCUCCGGGCGCCCUGACAGAGCCAGCACCAUGAGCGUGAGGCCUCCGCAGGCCCUGGACAGGUUGAGCAGCCUCUCCUCGUCCCUGGGCGAUUCCCCCUCGGAGCGAAGGUCCCCCGGCCACACCCGGCAGCCCUCGGACGCCUCCGAGUCCACAGGGCUGGUGCAGCGCUGUGUGGUCAUCCAGCGGGACCAGCAUGGCUUCGGCUUCACCGUCAGCGGCGACCGCGUCGUCCUCGUGCAGUCCGUGCGGCCAGGUGGGGCUGCCAUGAAGGCCGGGGUGCAGGAGGGCGACCGGAUCGUCAAGGUCAACGGGACGAUGGUGACCAACAGCUCCCACCUGGAAGUGGUGAAGUUGAUCAAGUCCGGUGCCUACGUGGCCCUGACCCUGCUGGGAUCCCCCCCUGGAAUUUCUGGCUCCCAGCAGGACCCGGAGCCCUCGGGAUGUCCCCAAGGGACCCCCCCGGCCCCGCCGCCCCCCCAGCGCAUCACCGAGCCCAGGCCGCUCCAGGAUCCCGAGAUGCAGAAGCACGCGGCGCAGAUCCUGCGGAACAUGCUGCGCCAGGAGGAGGCCGAGCUCCAGCGCUUCCAGGAGCUCCUGAGCCGGAAUCCGGGAGCGGCCGUGGAGGAGCAGCUGGAAGGGGCCCGGCGCAGAGUGAGCCAGCUCCAGCUGAAAAUCCUGCAGGAAUCCCAGGGAUCCGCGGAUUCGGGGUUCCGGCCUCUGGAAGGGGAAGUUUUCCGGAGCCUCCCGGCGUUCCCGGGCUCGGGCAGGGCAGGAUCAGGGUCGGGGUCGGGAUCCCCGCAGCUCCCGGGACGCUUUUCCAUGGAUUCCCAGGAUGGCGACAGCGGCCUGGAGUCCGGCCCGGAGCGGCUCCCGUCCCUCGGGGAGGUGUCCCUGGCCCGGAAUUCCGGCCUUUCCGAGCCCGAGAGCCCCCGGACGUCUCCCGUGCUCGGCUCCCGCCUCUCCCAGCUCCGGCGCCAGGGCUCCGACCUUCCCUUCCCGACGGAUCAGGGAUUGGCAUCGGGAAAGCCGCUGAUCAUCGGCCCCGAGGAGGAUUGCGAGCCCGGGUAUUCCAAUAACGAGAGCGAUUCCCUGUUCCAGGACCUGAAAAGGCUCAAAUCCCGCCCGGCUCAUCUGGGAGUUUUCCUGAGGUUCCUCUUCUCCCAGGCGGAUCCCACUCCUCUGCUCUUCUACCUGUGCUGCGAUGUUUGCCGCCAGCAGAGCAAUCCCAAGGAUUCCCGAGCCUUUGGAAGGGACAUCUGGAAUAUUUUCCUGGACAGGAACGCGCCCCUCCGGGUGAAGGUGCCGGAGCAGCUCCUGACGGACAUCGACAACUGCCUCCGGAACGGCGGCGACCUGCAGCACUCCCUGGAGGCCGCUCAGGAAUCCGUUCUCCCGGAAAUCCAGGGGCAGCUCCGCGAGUACAGGACCAAGCGGACGCUGGGAUUGGGGAGUUUGUACGGAGAGAACGAGCUGCAGGAGCUGGAGGGGAAUUCCCAGCGGGAGCAGCGGGAGCAGCGGGAGCAGCGGGAGCGGGCGGUGGCCGAGCGGCAGCUGGGGCACCUCGGGGACAUCCUCUCCAAGUACGAGGAGGAGCGGAGCUCGGCGCUGGCCUUCGCCCUGGGCGCCUUCGUGGCGCACGCCGGCAUCCGGAGCCGGGAGCCGCGGCCGCCCGGAGCCCCCGAGAAGCUCCCGGACAAGGACAAGUGGCUGCCCUUCUUCCCCAAGGCCAAGAAGAGCAGCAGCUCCAAGAAGGAGAAGGAUUCCCUGGAAUCGGACAAGCGGCGGAAUCCGAUCCUCAGAUACAUCGGGAAGCCGCGGAUCUCCUCGCAGAGCACAUUUCAUGUCCCCCUGUCCCCCGUGGAAGCGCUGCGCCCGGGGAACGUGCGCACCAUGAUCCAGCACUUCGAGAGCGGCCACGGCGACGGCGCCGAGCCCGGAGCGCAGCGGGGCAGCCCCGACAGCGGCAGCGGGCAGCGACGGCGCCCGGGAGGCCGACGGCUCCCGCUCCGAGGUGCGGCUGGGCCGCUCCGAGAGCCUGAAGGGUCGGGAAGAGCUGAAGAAAUCCCGGAAAUCCGAGCUGGUUCCGCGCUCCCGCAGCGACGUGGACAUGGACGCGGCGGCCGACGGCCUCGCGGCUGCACCAGUCGGCCUCGUCCUCGGCCUCCAGCCUGUCAGCCAGGUGGGAAAGGCGGGAAUUGCCGGCCUGGAAUGCGGGAAAAGGCGGGAAAAGGCGGGAUUUGGGAUUUGGGAUCGGCCUCGGGGAAGGGACGGGAAGGGCAAAGGGUUGGGCUCGCGGGGAAAGUUGGGAUUUGGGGUUUUUAG